GGGUCGCAGUGGGCGCUUGGGCGGCCCUGCUCGCUGGGGUUUCCUGGAGGCCAGGCAGAUGGUGAGAAGCCGAGCGGAGUGACGGAAGGUCGGGGCGUGCGGGCCCCGCAGGCCACGCAGAGGGCAGAGGACUCCAGCGAGAGUCGUGAGGAGGAGCAGGCGCCUGAAGGUCAGGACCCAAACUUGCGCUUUCCUGGGAGGGCAGGGAGGCCACCCCCACCAAACCUCACGCAGCAGGCGCCGCCGUGGAGGGACGAGUACAAGGGGCAGGUGAACCUGCACGUGUUCGAGGACUGGUGCGGGGGUGCCGUGGGCCACCUGAGGAGGAACCUGCACUUCCCUCUNNCCCCCCAGACGCGAACCACUGUGAAGAAGUUAGCUGUGUCCCCCAAGUGGAAGAACUACGGACUUCGGAUCUUCGGUUUCAUCCACCCAGCACGAGAUGGGGAUGUGCAGUUCUCGGUGGCUUCGGAUGACAACUCUGAGUUCUGGCUGAGCCCCACUGAGAGCCCGGCAGGCGCCCAGCUGGUGGCUUUUGUGGGCAAGACCGGCUCCGAGUGGACAGCACCUGGGGAAUUCACCAAGUUCAGCUCCCAGGUGUCCAAACCCAGGCGGCUCAUGGCCUCCCGGCGCUACUACUUUGAGCUACUGCACAAGCAGGACGACCGCGGCUCGGACCACGUGGAAGUGGGCUGGCGCGCCUUCCUGCCCGGCCUGAAGUUCGAGGUCAUUGGCCCCGCUCACCUCUCCCUGUACACAGAUGAAGCGGCCCUGAAGAUGGACCAGGUGGCCCAUGUGCCCCAGUCCCCAGCCAGUCACACGGGGGCUCGUCUGCCACCAGAGGAGCCAGGAGCGGACAUGCUGCGGCCAGACCCCCGAGACACUUUCUUCCUGACGCCCCGGGUGGAGCCCGCGAGCCUGGAGAGCGUGCUGGAGCCCUGUGCCUACGCCCCCACCUACGUGGUCAAGGAUUUCCCCAUCGCCAGAUACCAGGGACUGCAGUUUGUAAGAGCCCCCGCCCGGCCCGGCCCGGCCCCGCCCCGCCCGGCCUCACCUUUUCGGGCCGCCCCGCGCCUCGCCGCGCCCACCGCAGACCUGAACUCCGCCCCAGUGCAGCCGGUCACCUCCUUCCUGAGCUUGUCCCAGGUGUCCAGGCCGCAGCUGCCCGGGGAGGGGGCCGGAGGGGGCGGGGAGGAGGAAGAGGAGGCCACCGCCGGGGAGGGGGCCUCAGAGGACAGCGAGGAGGCGGCCGGGCCGGCGCGGGCCCGCUGGCGGGAGGACGCCAUCGACUGGCAGCGCACCUUCAGCGUGGGCGCCCUGGACUUCGAGCUGCUGCGCUCCGACUGGAACGACCUCCGCUGUAACGUGUCCGGCAACCUGCAGCUGCCCGAGGCCGAGGCCGUGGACGUGGUGGCCCAGUACAUGGAGCGCCUGCACGCACGCCACCGGGGGCGCUUCUCGCUCCUGCGCAUCGUCAACGUGGAGAAGCGCCGCGACUCGGCGCGCGGGAGCCGCUUCCUCCUGGAGCUGGAGCUGCAGGAGCGCGGGCGCGGCCGCUUGCGCCUGUCCGAGUACGUCUUCCUGCGACUGCCAGGGUGUCCAGCUCUGAAGGACUUGUCUGCGCAGGAGCUCUGCCGGCCUCUGCGCCUGGCCUGGCGCCAGGACGUGAUGGUGCACUUCAUCGUGCCAGUGAAGAACCAGGCGCGCUGGGUCGCCCAGUUCCUGGCCGACAUGGCCGCGCUGCACGCCCGCACGGGGGACUCGCGCUUCAGUGUCACCCUGGUGGACUUUGAGAGUGAGGACAUGGACGUGCAGCGGGCCCUGCGCGCCGCGCGGCUGCCCCGGUAA